ACACGUGACCUCCGUAGACCAAUGGAAUCGCCUCGACGGAAGUGGGGAAAUUUGAAAACGUCGUGAAGCGCACUUCCAAGCGUUGGUUCCGUCGCAGUGGACUGUGAAGAGCUUGUGAAAUGGAAGCACAGAUGGCGAGGGAAUUUGAGUUGUUUAUUUACGAGAACAGACUGAAGACAUUUCAAGACUGGCCCUUCAACGAAGACUGUGUCUGCACACCGGAGAAGAUGGCAAAAUCUGGUUUCAUUCACAAGCCACUUGACAACAGCCCGGACGUGGCUAUGUGCUUCUUUUGCCUCAAGGAGUUGGAAGGCUGGGAACCUGAGGAUGAUCCACAAAAAGAACACAGGUCUCAUUCAUCUGGCUGUGGGUUCCUCAACCUGAAGAAGAAUGUGGAAGAUCUGACUGUAGAAGAGAUACUCAAGUUGCAAAAGGAGAGACUCAAGAACAUUGUUACAAAAUCCUGUAAAGAAGGAAUCAACAAAUUCAAGGACGCUGCCAAAGUGAAAAGACAAAAGAUUCUGAAGAAGUGCUCGUAAAAGGACUGUUGCGAACGCAGCUGUUUUAUUUUUGCUACACUGCACUUUUUAUCCUGUUUGUUUUAUUUUUUUUUAACUCUAUGUAUCUUUGUAUUAAGUAAAAGUUCAAGUAAACAGCGUUUUUCCCCUCUUCCCUUUGAUGAAAGUGGACACCAGUAUAGAUCAGACAUGACCUUUGUUCUGACCAAACAUUUUGUGGCACUGUGGAUGGCUAUUCAACGUCAACAUGUACAAAUGUGUUCCUGCUGGUAACUAUAAUAA